GAAAACAUGGAGGAGAUUUUGGCAAAAUUAUUAUUAGCUGACAAUGAGGCAAUUCAUCAAGGUACAGCUCAACUUCGAGAAGCUCUGAAAAAUCCUGAAAGUACAUUGGUGUUAUGCCAAAUAAUUAUUUCGUCAGCUAACCCAGCAAUAAGACAUUAUGGUGCCUUACUGUUAAGAAAGCGGUAUACCAAGACAAAAUAUUGGUCCAAAUUACCAAUAAAUAUAAAAAACGAAGUAAAAUCCAUUUUACUCCAAGGUCUGGUUAAUGAAGCAGACAAAAGUACAAAAACAGGAAUUGCUCAACUGAUCGGUACGAUCGUCAAACAUGAGCUACCAAACAAUGGAUGGCCGGAGCUGUUCCAAUUUAUCCAGCAACUUGUGUCUAGUGCUAAUAUAAUCGAAAAAGAGUUGGGAGUAUUUACUCUAGCACAAAUGACUGAAAUUGCUCCGGAAACUUAUACAGCGCAUUUAGAUUCACUAGCCGGUCUUCUAGUUCAAACAUACAGCACCUUACAAGAUUUGGGUCAUCCUAUUGCAUAUUAUAUCAUUAAAAUAAUGAUGUAUCUAGCAUCGUUGGUUGAAGGGAAUCAAGCGAUGGUAAAUGCAUACAAUCAGAUGAUACCAUUGGCAAUGGGUACUAUUCAAUCGUUGUCUACAAAAGAACCCGAUAAGGCCCAAGAGGCGAUGGAAUUAUUUGAUGAUUUAUGUGAACAAGCUGUAACUCUCAUAUCUCCUCACGCAAAAAUCUUUAUCCACAUGUGUCUGACGAUCGGAGAAAAUAAAUCGCUGGAUGAUAUGCUGAGAGUACGUGCAUUAGGAUCGCUAGCUAUUAUUAUAAGAGCUAAACCACGAUCCAUUAUUAAGCAUAAAUUAAUGGAGCCAAUUGUCGAUACCGUUUUUCGAGUAAUGUGUUCACCAGAGGAUGAAGAGGAUGAUGAAGAUUCUAAUGAUGAUAAUCCAACAUACACUCCGGUAACUCGUGCAAGAGAAACUUUGGUUGUAAUGGCAAUACACCUAAAGUCUGAAAAAUUAGUUCCACUUUUACUUCGACACGUAGAACCGGGUGUACAAAGCGAUGAUGUCUGGGUAAAAAAAGCAGCAUUUUUAACUGCGGCAUCACUAGCUAAAGGUUGCUCUGAGUACAUAAGAUCUAAAUACCUUGAAUAUUUUCUCAAAUGUAUCUAUCAAGGUAUCAAGCAUAGUUCUCAUAUUGUUAUGAGUGCUGCACUUUAUGCUUUGGGUAAAUUUUCUGAGUAUCUCCAGCCAGAAAUCAGUCAAUAUUCUCAAGAACUUUUGCCUGUACUUUUUGAUUAUCUCAGUCAAAUGUGCGUACACAUAAAACAAGAAAAAUCUCAACCACCAGCAGUCGAUUGUAUGUUUUAUGCACUUGAAACUUUUUGUGAAAAUCUUAAUGAUGGAAUCUUGCCGUACCUUCCAAUUUUAAUGGAACGUUUAUUUGAAACAUUAAGUAUAAAUGCUCCAAAUCAUAUUAAAGAAUUGGCUCUAAGUGCUAUUGGAGCUGCAGCAAGUGCUGCUCAAGAACAUAUGGUUCCAUAUUUUCCAAAAAUCAUCACAAUUCUUGAUCCUUAUUUCACAAUGGUACCAGAUGACAACACCAUGAGCUUACAAGUGCAAUCAAUUGAUACAUUGGCUAUUCUUAUACGAACAAUUGGAGAGGAAAAUUUUGCGCCGUUAGUUGGAAAAUCUUUAGAUUUAGGCAUGAAACUAAUCACUGAAAAUAAUGAUCCUGAUAUUAGAAAAGCUGUGUAUGGAUUAUUUGGCUCUUUAGCGACUAUAACAAAAAAAAAUUUAGCACCAGCGCUUCCACAAAUUUUAGAGUUUAUCUUUAAUAGCAUUCAAAGUUCUGAAGGAGUUGUGGCUCAUCUUAAAGAAUUUGAAGACGCAGCUUAUCCAAUUUACGAAGAUCUGAGUGAUUCUGAAAACGAUGAUGAAGAAGAUAUCGAACAUACUGACAAUGAAGAUGAUGGUAAUGAUGAUGAUGAUGACGAUAUAGCCGCUUACACACUUGGUGACUCUUACAUUGAAGAAAAAGAAGAAGCUAUUUUAGCAUUACGUGAUAUAGCUCAUUACACUGAAGAAGCUUUUUUACCUUAUUUAGAAAAAGCAUUCGAAGAAGUAUUCAAGCUUGUAAAUUACCCUCAAGAUGAUAUUAAAAAAGUAUCUAUUGAUGCUUUAGCUCAGUUUUGUCUAAAUUUUUCAAAAAUUUAUUCAAAUGAAGGUAAACAAGCAUUAUUAAAGGCAUUAUCUGUUUUCAUUCCUAAACUUUCAGAGCUUAUUCGUCUGGAUGUUGAAGCGGCAGUCGUAAUAAGCGGACUCGAGGCUCUUGCCGAACUUUUAAAAGAAAUAAAAAUUGAUGUACUAGUUGGUGAAGGUCACAAAGAGGCUAUAAUGAAUUGUGUGACAGAUGUUUUCACUGGUAAAAUUGAGUGUCAGGAUCAAGAGGAUGCAGAAGAAGACGAUGAAGCUGAACAGGACGAAUUUUUAGUAGAAUGUGCUGGUGAUGUACUUUCUAAUUUCGGAAAAAUUAUUUCAGCUGAAGAGUUCGCUCACUACUUUCAAACUGUUUUGCCGUUCCUCAAAGAGAGAACAAAGCAUGAUAAAUCUGAUCCUCAAAGAUCUUUCGCUGUCGGUACAAUAUCUGAAUGUUUAGCUGCCCUUCGACAUAUGACAGCAAGUUUUGUACCUCAACUUUGGCCAUUCUUCAAAAAGCGCAUUCAGGAUCCAAGUCCAGAAGUGAGAAAUAAUGCAUACUAUGGUAUAGGAGAACUUGUUCUUUGGGGCAAAGAAGCUGUUCAAUGUCAUUAUAACGAAAUUAUACUAAUAGUUGCUAAUGCGCUUCAAACUGAAGAACAUCCUGGUCCUAGAGACAAUAUGGUUGGAAUUAUUGCUCGGCUUAUCAUUACGAAUUAUUCAUUAAUCAAUAUUGAAGUCGUCUUUCCUGGUUUUGUACAACAAUUGCCCUUAAAAAAAGAUUAUGAAGAAUAUUUGUCUGUAUUUAAAAGUAUAUUAACUCUUUAUAGAGAUAAACAUGAAGUUCUUAAACCUCAUAUCCAUACACUUCUAAUAAUUGCGAUUAAUGUGCUGUAUGAGAAGAAAGCUCCUAAUGAAGAAACUAAACAAGUUAUUUUAGAGUUUAUAAAAUCUGUCCAACAAGAUUUUUCAAAUGAGUGGAAUGCUGUAUUUUCUGAACUGCCACCAGACAUGAAACAAAUACUUUCGUGUUAA